UUACCGUUCUCUCUAUCCUAUCACUCCCUCCGAAAACAUCAGGCUUCGCAAUCAUCCCACAACUUUACAGAAACCUAAAUCCCAGCCCACCCUUCAGAACCGCCAAUCCUCCUCACAAAAUCAUCUAAAGAGCAUCUACACAGCCCAUCACUAGCGAUGAAUCAAAACCCAGGCUUUCCGGGCUCCUACCCUGAUGAUCUUAUCUACAUACAGUUUUCCGACGGCAGCGAAACUGCGAUGGUGGUCAACGGGCACUACGUCCUCGCGAACGGUAACCAUCCGACCGCAAUCCUCGGCGCGCACGCGGAACACGCCCGGCGCAACGCAAUCCACCGCGGGAACGAGUACAUACACGCCCGCGAGAAUUACAUUAACAACUUCAUCGUUCCUGCUGUCAAUCCGCCAGCUCCGCCCGCCUGGGCACGGGCUGCUCCGCCGCCUCCUCCGCCUCCUCGAGCUCCCUAUUACCAGCCCGUACCCACCUGGGCUGCACCUCCUCAGGCUCCUCAUCGCCCACUCGUUCACCCGAUGGUCGUGCCGCCGGUGCCGCCGCCACCGCCCGGAUACGCGAACCCCGCGGGUUAUGAUAUGUUCUACCGCGUCGGCGAGGCACGUGGAUACGGUGGUCAGUUCUACUGGGGCCCUGAUCCUUAAAUACCCACGACACGUUUAUCCGCGGCGCCUACCUGUUCGUGCUGCUGUCGAAAUUCUGUUCGACUCUGAGGGGCGGGGGUUGCUUUAGGUGAUUCGGAGGUGGGAAAUGAAAAUGCGUUGGGGUUCGGAGACGGCUGUUUACACUGUACUUGUACUGGUCCU